UGUUUGUUGACCUUUGCACCACGCGUGGUCUGACCAAGGACGUUAUUGUCUGACCACAUCUCUUGGAUUCGUUCAUUCAACAUUUGGACGACUGUACUGUAAGGUGAAUCAUGAUCGUUCGCCAUUCCGUCGACCUUGUAGAGGGUCCUCUACCGAACCCAAAUCUCCGGGGCAAGCAGCUGGUCGCCCCGGAGGAUGGCAUGAACCACACCGCCUACGAUGUCUUUCUCCAGCCGGGCGAAAGCGUAUGUUUGACAUCGCCCCCCUCCCCCCUCCUGAACCAUGUGUACUACUGUGUAUCGGGACGUGCAACAGGCACAGCAUCCAACGGCCAAGUUUACGAGUUCGCCGCUGAUGUUGUAGUGGCGUUUUCAUCCAGCAUCAGUUGUACGGUUAAGGUCACAUCUGAUGAAAAGCUCCGCCUCUUUUGCAUCUAUUGUGAUGACGUCGAGCCGACUGUUGAUCGGGCCGUGGCUCGGGCGCUUUCGGAGAUUGUCGGUACCGAUCGUGACAUCGACUGGGGCCGAGGCCACAGCCGAAGGUUCCUGAAGAAGUCGGACGGGUUCCCGAUCAGCGUUCACAACACCUAUGGAGAGGCUGGGGCAAGCAAUGCUCUGUGCUACAAACAUCACGUUGAAUCUGCCUACUACGUGAAAGGCAGAGCCACCUACACGUGGGAAGAGGGUGCCCAGAAGGCGGAGACCCGUAUAGACGCUACCAACGGAACCGUCUACAGUAUGAACGAGCACGACGCACACCACAUGGUCGUGCACGAGGACAUCCAGGCCCUGUGUGUGUUCCACCCGGUCCUGGUUGGCAACGAGAACCACGAUUUCAGCGGAGGGUACUCUGGGUUCAAGCCUUCCGAGUGAUAUUUCCGUUAGAUAAAAAGUUGUUUUGUUUGAUAACACUAGGGGUGGCGGUUUCGCUUGAAACUUUUCAUAGAAGAUUUAUUUGCAAGUUCAUGUCCGGGAGAUACUAGUAAUUGCAAGUACAUGGUGGAAACAUAAGAGGCAUACAAUUGACAAUAUACAGGGAUAAACAUAAUUGUAGAAUGAGAGGCUAAUCGAUUCCUAUUGUUGACUAAUAUUACUAUUAGUUGGAUUUGACUUCUUUUUUUGGAAACAGAGGAAGAUGAAAAGACCGACUUGUUCUAUAAUUUGUGGGUUCUGCGAUUUUAAGAGGAAAGUGGCUUCCUGUUCAUCUGUGAAUGUGGGGAAGUAUUAUGUGUUGUCUGUUUAUUGUCAGGCACUAUGGCCAAUAAGAACGAACAAUUGACAGUGUAUUUAAAAAAACGAUAAUCUAGUAUACUUAAAAUCAAAAUACAGGAUUCACACUGUAUCUCGUGUACGUGGUCUGUGUACGACGUGACAGUAGUUAUUCCAGACCUUACUUGUGGAAACAACAUCAGAGUAUAAUGGCACUCUAACAAUAUCGUUCUCAGACGCCAAGAGGGGAGUCGCAAAUGAAUGCGCCAGCUUACGCCUCCUGGUGUCAAAAGUGUCCACGCGCAUCAGUGCAAAGAGCCAGCUGUUGCUGCUUCAUCUUAGUUGUGACAUAACAAUCUUAAGUUCCUUCUUUCAUAUACAAGAUGACAUAGAAGCGACUUGUAUGACAAACGUAGGAGCGAACUGCCAUCCGGAUGGAUACCCAAGCUAUAUCACUUCAUUGUUGCGAGGUAAAACAGAGUUGCUCAUUGUCAAUACUACGUACUUCGUCAAGAGGUGACCUUUCUUCCUAUAGGUACAAAUUGUGCGUUCCGAACUCCCCAAGCCUGAUCCACUGGACUUGACACGACAAAUAAAAUUACAGCGACUUU